AUGUCCGACGCAGGAGAUAGCUCCCAUAAACGAUCCAAGUCGGCGGCCGCUUUUGCCCUGCUUCGCCGCAAAGAUACCCGGGAAGACGAGUCUGGCUCGGAGGACGGUCGAUCCGCUGCUCCUCCUGCUGCGGCUUCUUCAAACCCUGCUUCGAGAUCAUCGGGCAACUCCCUGGCACACCAGCCGAGUACCCGGGGACAUGGCUCCAAGCUUUCCACCUCAUCCGCCUUGCUCUAUAAGAUACCCUCUCCGCAAUCUUCUGCCUCUGGAAGCAGGAAUGGCCCCGCCCAUACCCAGCCCGCGAGCUUGGAACAGUCAGUUCGCAAGUUCAGGGUUGUCGAGGCCCUGAGAAGCGGCGACACGGCCGCCAUCUCCAAAGCCGUGCGCGAAACCUCCGACAACGCGCCCCGACCCAGCAUUUCCUCCGUUUCGACCCUGGCCGGCGGCCCGUUGGAAGACACAACCGUCCUCCACUUGGCCACCCAGUGCGCCGAAUACCCCGUCAUCGAGUACGUCUUGUCUGACGGUGCCGCCAGCGUGGAUGUCAACGCAAGAGACAAGGAUGGCAAUACUCCGCUCCACAUUGCAGCCCUUCAAGGACGCACCCAAGUGGUCAAGCUACUGCUGGAUCAGCCCGACAUCAACGAUUCCGUCGUCAACCUCCAAGGAAAGCUGCCCCUCGACCUGGCCCGAAAUCCCGACAUCUUUCAGCUUCUCCAACUAUCCCGCUCCCUUUUCAUCGAAGCCAAGGUGAAGCAGGUGCAGGAGAUAGUCGCUCAAGGCGAUUAUGACUCGCUGGCGCAGGUUCUCGAGGAGCCUCGCUUAAAGACAGUCGUCGACAUCAACAACCCCGAGUUCGCCUCUGAACCAGCAACAGUCGAGACGGGGGGCACGCUGCUCCACGAAGCCGCACGGAAGAAGGACACGCGGCUCAUCCAGGUCUUGCUGCUGCAUGGCGGAGAUCCGUUCCGCCGUGAUCGCAAGGGGAAGCUUCCGCAGUCCGUCACACACGACGACACGGUCAAGGUCAUACUGAAAAAGUCCCCGGCGGCCGUUGCGGCUCAGAGAGGCAUUCAGGAAAAGGCUGUUCUGGGCCAUGCGGCCUCUCAGGGCAUGGCGGCCGCCGGUGUCUCGGACCCGAUGGCCGGACGCGAAGCCAGAGAGAUGAAGGGCUACCUGAAGAAAUGGACCAACUACCGCAAGGGCUACCAGCUGCGAUGGUUCGUGCUCGAGGACGGCGUGCUGAGCUACUACAAGCAUCAGGACGAUGCCAGCUCCGCUUGCCGUGGCGCAAUCAACAUGAAAAUCGCCAAGCUGCACAUGAGCACCGACGAAAAGACCAAAUUUGAGAUUAUUGGCAAGUCGUCCGUCAAGUACACGCUGAAGGCCAACCACGAGGUCGAAGCCAAGCGAUGGUUUUGGGCCCUCAACAACUCCAUCCAGUGGACCAAGGACCAGGCCAAGGAGGAGGAGCGCCAGGCUGCUCGCAGCGCAGAGCUGCUGAAACUCGCCAAGGCCGAGCAAAGCUCUCUUUCGCCCCAGGAGACCCAGGCCCACGGCGAGAAUGCAAGCCUGCCGGAACUGCAGCGCAGCACGUCCCAGGUCACGAGCCGCGCCACGUCCAACAACAGGGCGUCCCCACCAAAGGUCGGCUUCGCGGGAACAAGCACGAUUGGAAGCAACGACGACGACGAGUUCGCCGACGCUGCCACGGAUGGUGGUGCCUCCCGCAUACGAGGCCACGCCGGACCCCUGGUCUCGGGCGAGGUGGACGACGAAGACGACGACGACGACGACGACGACGGGAGCGUCCGCGACGAGCCUCGAGCCACCAAGGAUGCGCUGAACAUCACAGCCCAGUCGGCCAAGCUCCAGCUGGAAACCAUGUCGAGCGUGCAGAGUGCUCUCAUGAGCGAGCUUGCACGGAACCCCGCCACGCCACUCUCCGACGCCCAGGUCGCCCAGGCGCUGUCUACAUAUGACGCGGCUAUCCGAAGCUUGGGCGGUCUCGUUGGCGAUUUGCUUCGGAUUUCCAAAGACCGGGACGCGUACUGGCAGUAUCGGCUGGAUCGCGAGGCAGAUUUGCGGCGCAUGUGGGAAGACAGCAUGCAGCAGGUUGCCCGCGAGCAUGAGGAGCUUGAAGCACGCAUGGCCGAGGCGGAAGACAAGCGACGGCUGACCAAGAAGGCUCUUCGCGAGAUGAGGCAGGCCGGAGCCGGCGGCGGCGGCGGCGGCGGCGGCGGCGUUUCGGCCAGCGGCACUCCCACGACCGAGGUGCGGCAAGAUGAGGUGGACGCAGCGGUGGUGGCUCCGACCGCGACACUCGUACGAAAGCCAACCGCUCUGGAUCAGCUGGGUGAGCUUUCGGAGAGCGACUCUGGCGACGAGGACGAGUUUUUCGACGCCGUGGAUGCCGGCGAGGUUGAAGUUGCAGGGAUGCCGCAGGAUGACGGCGGCCCGCAGCUUCGAAAGGAUGUCGUUGUUUCCGGCAUCGACAUCAGCCCCUCGUUUAAAGGAUACGAGAGCGGCAUUCGCCAGCGCCUCAAGCUGGAAGUGGACGACCGUCCAAAGAUUUCUCUCUGGGGCAUUCUCAAGUCCAUGAUUGGAAAGGACAUGACCAAGAUGACACUGCCUGUAUCGUUCAACGAGCCCACAUCUCUCCUGCACCGCUGCGGGGAGGACAUGGAGUACGCUGAUCUACUGGACCUCGCGGUGGAGAGGGCGGAUUCCAUUGAGCGGCUGGUUUACGUUGCCGCGUUUGCCGCCAGCGUGUAUUCUUCCACGAUUGGACGCGUGGCCAAGCCGUUCAACCCGCUGCUGGGCGAGACGUUUGAGUAUGUUCGACCAGACAAAAACUACCGCUUCUUCAUCGAACAAGUCAGCCACCACCCGCCGGUCGGGGCGGCGUGGGCAGAGUCACCACACUGGGACUACUGGGGCGAGUCAGCCGUCAAGUCCAAGUUUUACGGCAAGUCUUUCGACAUCAACCCGCUGGGCACCUGGUUCCUGAAGCUGCGACCGACGACGGGCGGGCGGGAGGACUUUUACACGUGGAAGAAGGUGACGACAUCCGUGAUUGGCAUCAUGACCGGGAACCCGUCGGUGGACAAUUACGGACCGAUGGAAAUCAAGAACUGGACGACUGGCGAGGUGGCGACGCUGGACUUUAAGGUCCGGGGCUGGAAGGCGUCCAGUGCCUAUCAAAUCUCGGGCAAGGUACUGGACGGCGACGGCCACGUGCGGAUGAGCCUGGGCGGGCGAUGGAACUCGAAGCUGUACGCCCGGCUGACGCCCGGGUUCGAGGCGGCGGUGGACGGCGCUCAGGAUGCGGGUCCUCUGCACAAGGGCGCCAUGACGGAUCCAAGCCGGGCCUACUUGGUGUGGGAGGCCAACCCGAGACCGGCCGGGAUCCCCUUCAACCUGACGCAGUUUGCCGUGACGUUCAACCACAUUGACGACAAGCUGAGGCCAUGGCUGGCCCCCACGGACUCGCGGCUGCGACCGGACCAACGGGCCAUGGAAGACGGCGAAUACGACUUUGCGGCGACGGAGAAGAACCGCCUGGAGGAGAACCAGCGAGCCCGGCGCAAGCAGCGCGAGGCCAGGGGCGAGGAGUUCAAGCCAGCGUGGUUUUCCAAGGCGACGUGCGAGAGGACGGGCGAGUCGUACUGGAAGUUUGACGGCAGGUACUGGCGGCAGCGCGAAAAGGCCGGGCCGGGCGGCGACGCGGCGGCGGCAUGGGAGGGCCUGGAGCGGAUUUUUGAAGAUGCGGAUGACGCAGCAGACACGAAUAGCUGA